AUGCCGACCAACUACCCCAAGCUUUUGCUAAAGUCUAAAGACUGCCCACUCCCCACCGCUAAUCACAACCAGCUUCGUAUGCCGACCAACUACCCCAAGCUUUUGCUAAAGUCUAAAGACUGCCCACUGCUCACCCCUAAUCACAACCAGCUUCGUAUGCCGACCAACUACCCCAAGCUUUUGCUAAAGUCUAAAGACUGCCCACUGCUCACCCCUAAUCACAACCAGCUUCGUAUGCCGACCAACUACCCCAAGCUUUUGCUAAAGUCUAAAGACUGCCCACUGCUCACCCCUAAUCACAACCAGCUUCGUAUGCCGACCAACUACCCCAAGCUUUUGCUAAAGUCUAAAGACUGCCCACUGCUCACCCCUAAUCACAACCAGCUUCGUAUGCCGACCAACUACCCCAAGCUUUUGCUAAAGUCUAAAGACUGCCCACUGCCCACCCCUAAUCACAACCAGCUUCCACCAGCCAUAAGUCUUUGA